CAUUCUCUCCCUCCCCACUUCUCUCUCGUGGCGACAGCGACGAGCCGACGACUGUGCGGCCGUCGCUGCCACUCUACUCGCCAGUUGCCCGGAUCUUCUUCGUCCCCUUGGAAAUCGACGGCCACAACCAGGGCAAACAGGAAGUUUCGCAAGGAUGCCCUGGUGCACGAUUGAUGAGUCUGACCCUGGUGUUUUCACCGAGCUGAUUCAGCAAAUGCAAGUGGAAGGUGUACAGACCAGUAUAUGGCUAAUUUUUCUCUCCAAGUGGAUAUCUGGGGAGAAGGAUGAACGGCAUGUUGUCAGAGAUCCUAAUCCGUACCUUUUCUUUGCACACCAAGUCAUCAGUAACGCAUGUGCUACUCAAGCUAUUCUCUCAGUUAUCAUGAACCGCCCUGAAAUUGACGUCUGUCCAUAAUUAUCCCAAUUGAAGGGCU